CUUUGACUAUGUGAGUGUUGUGGUUUUUCUGAUCUAUUGCUUUCUUCAUGUACUAAACCUUCAUUUUGUCAUGCUUCAGGGCUUCCAACGGAACUUUAAGAACACAUUUACUUCUCACGCAGAGUUAAACGUUCACAGGCGUCCGAGAGGGCCGCACGCUGGUAAAUGAGGAUGUGGGGAACGAGAAUGGGGAGAUUGGUUCCAGUUGUGUCGCAACGUGUCUGGUGCAGCGCGGCACCCGUGUGCAGAUUUUUUAAGCCUCAAACGAAAAUUUCCCCUGGCUGCAAAUGGCGACUGUGAUCUGAUUCACCACGUGUGGAGGGACUGCGCACGUUCACGAGCUGAUUCCGCAUCGAGAACCGCGGGCCCGUUGGUGACUCGUAUCAGAUGCCUUUGACAUUUUCAACUUCCUCAGUCUUCCUCUUCACAUCAAAGAUGUCCUCACAGAUAUUUCUGCCUCUGACCUGUGGCGUGUUAUAAAGCAGCCUGAGUGAUAUUAGUCACUCUCUUCCUGUACUGGAGAGCUGAAUGAUGAUUCCCUGCUGUGCUGGUUACUGCAAUGAAUGGUAACACUGUCCAGCAGACCACGAGCACUGCACCGUCCGUAGCACCUCCUUGUGGAUGGAGGGAGUUCUGCGAGUUGCAUGCCAGCACCACGGCCCGAGAACUUGCCCAACACUACCGGCGCUUCGUCAGAGAGCGGCCGGUGCAGGAUGUGGUCCCACCGGAAAGUUUCUCAAAGCAGUUCAGCGCCCUCUUCCAGCACCACUUCAGCUGUGAGGUGGCUAAAGAUGCAGAACCUGCCCUGCGGCCACCACCGCCUCCUCCCUUGCUGCCCAUGACUGGCCGCUUACGCAUCACUUCCUUCUCAGGGGUGCUGGAUUACCGGGAGACUGCGCGGCCGGGAGUGACUCCGCUAGUUGCCGUGUUGGCGCCCAAACCAGAUGCCGCCGGCGUCCUUAGGGAACAGGAGCAGUUGCUGCGAUGCUCUCCUGCAGACACUACACGCAGAACGCGCCAUCAUAGCCAGGAAGACGAACACCUGGAGCAGAGGACCGGGUCUGAACAAUACUCACCACCUUUGUUUUCCUUCCCUUCCCGUAGUGACGUAACCAACUUUUCCGUCAGGGGAUUUCGAGAAAGCGUAUGCCGAUUCUUUAAGAAAUCCCCCCAAACUGAUGAACCUUCAGGUGGUUGCCCAAGGGACAAUUCGAUCAAGGGGGGCGUACCCUCGGCGACUGUUGAAUGCACCUCUCAAAGCCCACCUCUGACUGUGCAGGUAGCCACCCAUCACACCUCGCAGAAGGGUGCGCGGUGGGAACGAUGGAAUCUGUUGCGAACUGUGAGACGGCGGCAAGAGACAGCAAGUGUUUGUAAAGAGGGGCAGCUGCGGUACCUGGAGGUGGAUGACACUAUCUCAGACAUGCCCCCACAUUGGCUGCGCUGCCGCCUGCAGGUCAGGAGGAUCAACGAGCACACCGCUAGUGAGAAGUACCAGCUGGAGCUCUAUGACCCACCCAAGGACUACAAAAUGCCAAAGCUCACCGUACCUUGUUCGGACAUCCAAGAGAUUCGACGCUGUAAUCGCCUAGAGAUGCCAGACAACAUGAACACAUUUGUCUUAAAGGUGACUGGUCAUCCGGGUAGUUUUAUAUUUGAGGCCGAUAAUGAGCAGCAGGUUAGCUCUUGGACCACAGAGCUCAGAGAAUGCAUCACCAGCAGGUCAGAUAGUGUGGAUGGAGAACCGUUUCCUGUUAGCGACUCGCUCAACGCAGUUCGCAGAGGGAGCACAGAGCCCAGCGGCCAGGGUUCUCUGGGUUUUGGACUCGCAGAGCACGCCUACAAUAAAACGGAUCACUUCCUGUCCUCUUACCCAUGGUUUCAUGGGCCCAUAUCACGUGUGCGGGCUGCCUACCUUGUCCAGCAUGCCGGGUUCAGCGGUCAUGGGAACUUCCUCGUGAGACAGAGCGAGACGCGGAGAGGAGACUAUGUCCUCACGUUUAACUACCAGGGCAGAGCAAAGCAUUUGCGUCUAUCUUUAACUGAAUGGGGUCAGUGUCGUGUGCAGCACCUGCGUUUCCCAUCAGUCAUGGACAUGCUGAGUCACUUCCGCAACUGUCCGAUCCCGCUGGAGUGUGGCGCCGCAUGCGAGGUUAUGUUGGCCAAUUAUGUGCGGGUAAACCCCACUCACACAGGUCAGAGUUCGGCUAUCGGCUCUCCAGUAUUGGUGCCCUUCUCUCGCUGGAGCUCAGAGCCGAGUCUGGCUCACUGUAGUCCGGAUUCAUGCCCUCACUUCAGCCCCUCCACAGUCCAGUCGUCAGCAUUAUCAGCUCUCCCGCAUCGCACACCCUCUUCAUUUCCAGGCCGUCCCGUUCCCAUCCCACUGCGCCGGAGCGAGUCGGUGGGCCGUAGAAACCUGCUCCGCCACCCCAACCCGCUGCCACCCCUACUGCCCAACCGGGACUCAGACUACGAACUGGAGCCGCCCGACAGGGGGCGCAAGAGAGCCAUCGACAACCAGUAUAUGUUCUUCUGACAGAGACAGAGGAUGUAAAAGAACAAAAGAAGCCGCAGAUGAAAAGUGCUCCAGAAUUCCCGGCCGGAUGGAGAGCAUCCAGCAGCCAAACGGAGAAAGGAGUUGGGAGUCGUGCGAGAUUGCGCACGAGACUCGAGGUGGAGGCACCUGCGCGUGAACGAUGCUGCCGGACACCUGACACCCAGCCCUGCCAGCUGUCUACCUUGUGAAUGUACUAUACAGAUGUUUCGCUAUCAAAUCGGUGUGUAUUGUAGAAUAGCUCAGAGGAGUUGUUGGAUGGGAACGUUGUGCGAUAGCUGGUCAGUAAGUCGAACACAAACCAAGGGUCGAAGCAGACUGGAAGCAGACAUCGCAACAACUUGAGGCCGUCUACACCGGAUACAUUCACAAUCAGCUGUAGGCUCGAGGCUAGACUUUAGUAAUCAACGAUUACUAAAAUGACAAUAAAAUUAGUUUGUCAAUCAGACAAAAUAAAUCUUUAUUUUUGACAGAAAUACAUUAUAAAAUUGAUUUUGCAUGUGAUUAAUUUGAUAACUAAUUUUACGAUUGUAUAUCUACAACUGCAUAUGCUUAUAGUAGAAAUAACGAAAUUGUUAAAAUUAGCACAUCAAACCAGAAGGCUAGACUUUAGCGAUUAUUAAAAUCUUUAUUUUCCACAGAAAUCCAUUAUAAAAAUUGAUUUAGCAUGUGAUUAACUUUAUCAUUAUUCCUACAACUGCAUAUGCAUAUUGUUAGGGGGGAAAAAAUCAGUAAAAUUAGUACACCAGACCAGAAGGUUAAACUCCAGAGAUUAGAAAAAUGACAAUAAAAUCAGUUCCAUUGCAAAAUUGAUUUUGCUUGUGAUAAUUUUGUAACUAUUUUUAAGUAUGUUAGUACUCCUACAACUGCAUAUGCAUAUGUCUAAAAACCAAAAAUCUUUAAAGUAUAUCAGACUAGAAGGCUAAGCUUCAGCAAUUAAGAAAAAUUACAAAAAAAUCUGUAUUUUUAAAAGAAAAUUGCAUAAUUGUUAUUGCAAAAUAAAUUUUAUUAGUACUCCUACAACUGUAUAUGUAUAUUGAUAAAGAUGUUAAAAAAGAUUCAGUUAUGUCAGACCAGAAGUAUCAUGAGCUGGCUUUGAUAUAACGGUCAGAAGUUAUUUAAACUUGUAAAGAAUACAAUUUAGAACAAUAGAGCAAAUUAUAUUUUUAAUAAAAGCACUUCAUUUUAGAUGUGGCUAGAGUCAGAAAUGGAGAAACGAGGCGUCCACAUCAGGUGUUCACAGUAUAGACAGCUCCGGAGUAAUUUAGUUUUGUUGCAGGUGUCUGGUGUAAAUACGGUGGUAAACAUCUAAAAGAUUCUAAUAGUUUUCAGUCUGGCUGCAUACACAUGUUCAGUUGUAGUAAUACACAGGUUUCUUUAUGUUUUGCGUAUUAAAAAAAACAAACAAAUAAUAUAGAUUGUAGAACCACAGUUUUACGUCAACACAGCGAGUUGUGUCAUCUUGGAUUCAUGAGGUUUGCAAUUUCAUCUGACCAAAGAGUAAAAUUAACCAAAGCAGACCAGGAAAACGUUUUGUUAUGCCUUAAUUAUCAUAUUUUAUAAUGAAUUUGUUUUACCCUGUGAAUUCAUUCUUUCUGUCUGUUUUAACACAUUUUAACCUGUUUCACGGCUUCAUUAGCUGUGGAAAUACUACUUUUAAACUAAAAUCUGACACCAUAAAUAGUUGAUUUUAAGCUAUUUGUCCAUUGUUUUUCAGUAAGUGUAUUACAAAAUCAAAAACAAAACAAAAAAAAACAUUGCUUGAUGUUUUCGGAGCUUGUUCUCCUUUGUGUCUCUUUUUGAAUCAUUGUGAAUGUCUAUAUUUGUGGCUUAACACUACCACAGUAAUCAAAUCUGUAUCAAGCGCAGAUACCCAACUUUAUAUCUCAUUCAUACAUAAUUUGGCGAAUCUCACAUUUCACCCUCAAGUCAAAAGAAAAACUAUAGAAUUAAAAUAAUUCGUAAUUAUAAUUAAAAUAAUUUUUUUUUCAAUUAAUUUAGGACCGUAAAUAUUUGUUUUAAUAUUCCAUGAUUCAUGAUUAUUUCCAUGUUUCACUAUUACUGUAAUACAGUAAUUUUAUACAAUAUAUAUAUAUUUUUUUAAUUGCUGUAAUACAAGAAUUUUAUAUAAAAAAUCUGCAUAAAUUUAAUGCAAUACAGCAGAUACUUUACAAUUUAAAUAUAUUAUGCCAUUUUUUCCCGUUGUGGUAGGAGAGAAUUACGGGGAAGAUUAUAAUGCUAAAUAAAUAAUAAUGGUCCUAAAAUAGGGUUCAUUCAAUAUAAUUACAUUUUUUCUUCUGGUUGUGGGGUGACAGGUUUUGUGAGUUUCAAUUAAUGGUCCAAAGUAAGAAAGCUUUCUAUACUUUCUCCUUCUCUUCUGCUUUGCUGCAGAAUCCGGUCUGUGUUACAGUACGUUCUGUUUUUGCUCUUCAGAUCUGUAUCAGCCAUUUCUUCUUCAUUUUUCUAACAAGCCUCGAUACCACAAAGAACCGUUUGACAAUCCUCUCUGUGGCAAGGAGCAGGCGACCACAUUGUACACUCUAUACAUAUCAUGUUAAAAAAAUAUAGAUAUGAAAGUGUGAACUGUACCUGUGUAUCACUACCUCGCAUUGCAUUGUGGACUGUGUGUUCCAGGUGGACUCUUUUUUUUAAUGAUUGGACGGUGUGGGAGCAGCAUUGAGCAGAUGCAGUUAGACUAUUUGAUUUCUUUAUUACUUGUGUCAUUGACGUGCACGUCCACUAAUAAGUGAUGUGCUCAAUUCAAUCAGCAAAGUAUUGUUUAAAUGACUAUGCUGCUUUGCAAAUGACCCGGAAUGUUUUUUUUUUUGUUUGUUUGUUUUUUUGUAAUUAUAAAACACUUGUUUUAUGCAAAUACAUUGUUUCUAACAUGAUUUGUAAUAUGUACAGAUUAAAUUUCAUAUAGCUGACAAAAAAAAACAUAAAACCGCUGCAUUGUCUGGUAAUGAAUUGCUUACUCCAAACGGGCCAUAUUGACAAAGUGCAUCUCAAAGUCAUUUGUGUUGUAUUAUGUAGUGACUGAAGUGGGAAGAUCUGAUCCUGGAGCAGUGUUGAGCAGGCUGAGAUGCUUUGUACAUACGGGCCCCGAACUGCACCACUUUGCUUUAGAGUCGCAUCUGAGGUCCCUCAAAGUUCAACUGAUGAAUGUAUGUCUUCUCUCUCUAUACUGUUGUUAUUAUGAGACGUAUAAGAGCACUGUAAACCCCUGGGCUUCACCCUCAGCUAGUUUAACCAUUCCAUCACAGCUUUCUGAUCAAACUUUCUAGUCGCUUUCCAUGUAGCAAUAUGGAUAUUAAAUUAUAUCAACUGUAUAUUUGAUCUUUUUUUAGAAGAAAAAAAAUAAUAAAGUUAAUGUUUCAAUCCUC